AUGUCAUCAAACACUGUUGAUAUUCUAAACACAAUUCGUGAUAAUCUACAAUAUUUCUACUAUGUUAUAUUUCUAUAUGGAACAAUUGGCAAUUUUUUAAAUACGAUGAUAUUUUCUCGAUUAAAACCAUUUCAUGGUAAUCGAUGUGCUUUCUAUUUUACAAUGGAAGCCAUUGGUGGAAUCGUGUUUUUAUUUCUUGGUCUCAUUAAUUCCAUAGCACGACAAAUUCAUGGAUCCGAUCUUGUCGAUUCUGUCUUAAUUUGGUGUCGAAUAAGAUUUAUCACUAUGCAUGGAAUGGCAUUAAUACUUUUUUUUACGAUAUGUUGCGCUGCAUGUGAUCAAUUUUGGUCAACACAUUACCGAUUUGGUGUAAGAUAUCAAUAUCCACUUAAACUUGCACGAUACAUUAUGUUAAUAAGUAGUUGUAUUUGGCUUAGUCAUAGUAUUGUAUUUGCGUUAUUUCUUAAUAUUCAAUCAUCAUCAUCAGGAUGUGUGAUAACAAAUUUCAUUUUAAUUUGGUAUUCAACAUAUUGUUUCUAUCCGAUACUUUAUGGUCCUUUGCAAAUCUUUUUAGCAUUUGUUUUUAGUUUAUUAGCUUAUCGAAAUGUUCGACAUAUUAUUCGUCAACAAAUAUCUAUUGAACGUCGUCAAUUAGAUCAACAAAUGACUGCGAUGGUUUUAAUACGAGUCAUAUUUUGUCUCAUUCUUGGAUUACCUUAUACUUGUUUUCGUAUAUAUAUUAUCAAUCAUCCCUUUACACGAUCGAAUCUUUUACGAUAUACAAUUGGGCAAAUACUUCAAAUAAUUGUUAGUCUUUUAUUUUCUGCUAAUUUUGCUAGUAAUUUUUAUAUCUUCUUUGCAACGUCAGCACAAUUUCGUCGACAAGUGAAAUAUUUUUUUCGACAAAAAACCAAUCGAUUUCAUGGGAACAUCGGUGAAGUUAAACUGUAUUCACGAGAAUUAACGCAUAGACAUUUUUACCACUCUUUUGUUGUCAUGUAA